GUAGGUCCUUGGCCAUGAAUCCCAUCCAGAGGCCUGAGAUGUACAUCAUCGGCGCCCAGCCGGUGUGCAGCCAGCUGCCGGGGCUCUCCCCCGGGCAGCGCAAGCUCUGCCAGCUCUACCAGGAGCACAUGGUGUUCAUCGGGGAAGGGGCCCGCAGUGCCAUCAAGGAGUGCCAGUACCAGUUUCGGCAGCGGCGGUGGAACUGCAGCACGGUGGACAACACCUCCGUCUUUGGGCGGGUCAUGAAAAUAGGGAGCCGAGAGACUGCUUUCACCUAUGCUGUCAGUGCUGCCGGGGUGGUGAAUGCAAUCAGCCGGGCUUGCCGUGAAGGAGAGCUCUCCAGCUGUGGCUGCAGCCGGACGGCCCGGCCCAAGGACUUGCCCCGAGACUGGCUGUGGGGUGGCUGCGGGGAUAACGUGGAGUAUGGAUAUCGUUUUGCCAAGGAGUUUGUGGAUGCCAAGGAGAGGGAGAAGAACUAUGUGAGAGGUUCAGAGGAGCAGGCUCGCAUGCUGAUGAACUUGCAGAACAAUGAGGCUGGUCGCAGGGCCGUGUACAAGCUGGCAGACGUGGCCUGCAAGUGUCAUGGUGUGUCAGGCUCCUGCAGCCUCAAGACCUGCUGGCUGCAGCUGGCUGACUUCCGCAAGGUGGGCGACCUGCUGAAGGAGAAGUACGACAGCGCUGCUGCUAUGAGGAUCAGUCGCAAGGGCAAGCUGGAGCUGGUGAACAACCGUUUCAACAUGCCGACACAAGAGGACCUAGUUUACGUCGACCCCAGCCCGGACUAUUGCCUGCGCAAUGAGACCACGGGCUCUCUGGGCACCCAGGGCCGACUGUGCAACAAGACCUCAGAGGGCAUGGAUGGGUGUGAGCUGAUGUGCUGCGGACGGGGUUAUGACCAGUUCAAGAGUGUCCAGGUGGAGCGUUGCCACUGCAAGUUCCAUUGGUGCUGUUACGUCAAGUGUAAAAAGUGCACAGAGAUCGUUGACCAGUACGUCUGUAAAUGAAAGGAGCCACCAAAGCAACAAAUCUAUAUUAUAUAAAUCUAUAUAAAUAUAUUUUAUAUUUGUAUAAAUAAACAGAUGAUGAUAAUAAUUAAAGAAGCUUAUUUAAGAGACAUUUUGGUUUUGAAAUUUCCCCCAUCAGGCCAGCUGGUUUGCCAUUCCUUCAGUUCUGCUGGGGAGUUUGUCUUUGGGUUCAUCUCCCCUUGGAUGUUUCAGUCAAGUUGAAGAGGCUGAGGAGGUGCUGACAAAAUGAACUCCCCCCGCACACAAGCACAUACUAUUUCAUUACAGAAACAAGGCCAAUGAGAAGGACAAGAGUGGGUUCCUUCUACUCUCUCAUCGGUAAAUCUCAGCAUUUUGCACAGUUAUUGCACAUCUGAAAUUACUGCCAGAUGUGGGCAAGUCCUGGUUACCUGAGUUUCAAAUCCUGCCACCCCACUAAACCCACUGGGGAAUCUGGAAUCAAUUCUUGGUCCCUCUAAAGGGCUUUGUCACAUUAAGAGAGAAAGUUAGCCAAGGCUCCUCUACAAGAAUACGGCUUAAAAUCCAGAGUCCUGUAAACUAUUCCUGGAUGCUGCACAGACCACAGUGUGGUGGAGGAAGGUUUACAACCUGCUGUUGUGAGGAAGGAAGGUGUGACCUGUGGCUGACCAGCACACAGCCUGGGAGUCCCCAUGAAGCCAGCGCCUAGCUCUUCUGUACUGCCUGGGCAAAGGGGAAAUCUGUCCAGCUCGGACUACAGGGCUAUGUGCAUGAAGGUGAUUGUUUUUCUUUUGCUCUUAAUCCCAUGAUGAAAUUUAGUUUGUCAGUAUAGAGGAGAAGCUGCCGGUGCCUAGGGAUGUUUGCAAAAGCAAUAUACUUCAUAGGCAAUAUACUACAUAUUUUAUCAGUAGAAAGAAGCAUUGCAUGCACACAUGUGCACCUGACUGCAUAAGCACUCCUCGUACCGCUGCUGGUUUUCCUCUUUGAAGUGGAUGCAGGUGGUCACCUUGUUCAGCUCUAUUAAAUCCUCCUCACCACCAUCCCAGAUGUAUAGUUUCUCUUUGACAUUAAACACCCCUCAAUGACAUUUCUUCCCCUCUGUUGAUUGUGUAUAUGUGUGUCUUUGUUUUAUUCUUUUGGUGGGGUGUCUUAUUUUGCUGCUCAGUAUUUCAGAGUCUAGGGACCAUGCUCUUCCCCAGCAUAAACUAACCACAGAUACAUAAGCUCACAGAAUGUGGGCGUAUAUUCACCAAUGGAAGUAUUUUCUGUGUUUUUCAUUGGUAAUAAAAGAGUAUAAUAAAAUUGUACUAGGGCAGAAGGCAUUACCAAAGUCUGCUAAUCAGUCUUACCACACUGGGAUUUUAGUAGAAUCCAAUUCAUAAAGCAGAGAACAAAUGCUGCUCCUAGCACAAGACAUUUCCUGUGCCGCAGCAUCUGCAGAGUUCAUUUGCAGUCAGAACAAUCAAGAGAAGCAGUCCCCAAAAUACAAGGGUUUGCUAAUAUACAUCCCCUUUGUUACUGACAUUCCCAGGGUGUUGUUUGGGUUUUUCUACUGUAAAUUUUAAAAUGUGCAAAAUAUGACAAUAAGCAAAAAGCCAGUCAUGAAGAUUAUUAUUUUUAUAUUAAACCUCUGUUUCUUAUAAAGCAUUGCAGCUCUACAGAUUCCACCAUUUCAACCACCGGAGAAGAAUUUAUAUGUACCUUUCAUACUUCAAAUAUUUGAGGACUCCAGAAAAGCACAAGCAAGAAAAAUUAUGUUUAAUAAUUAGGAGCUGUUGUUUUUUUAAACCAGUGUGUCCAGUUUUUAUUUUAUUUUUUUUAAUCCAACAGGCAAUAUAUUUGCUGGCAUCCCAGAAUGCAGUUUCUUGGAAUAUAAACAGUGGCCUAGAUUUAUUUUAUUAUAUAAAAUCCAAAGCCAGUGGUAUUGUAAUUCAAAGUAAAGGAAAUAGUUUUCCAUGCAUGGAAAAAAUGUGAGUGCAGUGGCCUGAUCCAACUCCCAUUAAACUUCAGUGGGAGCUGGACUGAGCCCAAGAUUAGAUCAAAUGUGUGAGCUAUUCACUCCUGGGAUACUAUAUGUUUCUAGCCCAGUAAUAAAACUUACUCUACCUUGGAUACAUCUAAAAAAGACCUUUCCUCCCACCACCCUCACCUCAUGUUCUUGUCCAUCCUUAUUGCAUCAGUACUUAAAUGUGUCAGCUAUUUGUAUAUGACACCCUCAGGCACUGUUAAUAUGUCUAAUAAUUCAAAAUUAUUUCAUUUGGCCUUUCCAAUAAAGACCACACAUUU